CGACUACUUACCCAAUCAGUAGUUGGUAUUCGCCAGCACUAUGGCCAAAAAGCAAAAUUACCAUUUGGAGGACUCGGCCCCCUCGGUUAGCGUUCACAGCGAGGGCUUUGACGACUUUGUGGAGAACGAGUCCCAGGGACACGAGCAAGAAGGUCGCUGGCGGCCUCCUUAUGGUCUCCUGGCUGUGGCGCUCUUCCUAGCGGUCUGCGUGGGCUUCGGUGGAGGUUUUGGAGCGGGUUGGGCCGCACACCCGGACACUCAGACGGUCGCUCCGGCAGUCCCCGUCGCAGAUGUUAGCAAUGGCUCGGCCGCAAGCGGGAAUGUGGACAUCAUCCGCGCGUUCAUGCCUAUUGACUACGAGCGGAAUGCCAACAACAAGGCCAUUCAAACACACUAUGACCAGACUAGCAUCCUGAACCCGGCGUUCCACGCGCUGUCAGUGGUCAUCAGCACGCUGGGCGGCACCAACGCCACGUAUGACCCCAACGUGCUGCGCAUCUACGUGCUGUCCAAGUACAAGGGCAGCCAGGACUUGCUGGCGCGCCUCUUCAACGUGGCGCAGCGCCUGCAGGUGUCGCCCGACUUCAACGCGCAGCUGUACCAGCUGACCACCAGCCUGGCGGACGUGUUUGGCUACAUCCGCGACAAUCAGAGCAAGAUGGGCACCGCCUCGGGCGCCGGCGGCCGCCGCCUGCUGGCUGCCAACUCGGCUGAGCCGCUGGCGGUGCAGCUGGUCAAGGCGUUCAUCAAGAGCGGCCUGCAGGCGCCGGCGCUGCAGGGCGCGCUGGGCGACCUGACGCCCAUCUUUGGUGACGUGGACGCGAUUGUGGACCUGGUGGUGGACUUGUGGAACUCCAUCCGCGGCAUUGCGGCUGAGGCCAACUCCAUCGCCGCGACCCAGCAGGACUACCACCCCAGCUUCGAGCCGCCGCCGCCGCCCACACCCGUCCAGGUUGGCAACGUGAACGUCAGCGUGCUCACCUGGAACCCCAUCAUUGCGGGCGAGGAGGGCGACGACAUUGUGCAGGACGUGCCGCGCGGCUCCAGCCGUCGCCGGCUUCUGCAGGACAACCAGAUCGUCAUCCCGCUGCCCGCCGGCUUCACGCCCCAGAAGCCCGCCAACCUCCCCACUGUCCUCAUCCCGCUGGUCUGGCACAUCAUGAUGUACCAGAACGGAGAUGGCACGUACGGCCCGCCUGGCUAUGACAAGGCCUGCGACAUGGCGCAGCGCAUGAUCGCCAUUGCCAAUUUCCGCCUCAUGCCCGCGCGCUUCCAGCUCUUUUUGCAGGAGUGCCGCAACACCCCCUCGUACCAGUACCUGAUUAAGCCCAGCCGUGAGGCCUGGAUCAACUGCGCCUCGCCCGGCUUUUUCUACGACCUGUGCGGCGACGUGAUCCAGCCCUCGGCCGUGGACUUCCCCCGCGCCAUUAACAUCUACGUGGUCGGCGAGCAGCCGCCCACCGACUGGGUUGGCUACGCCUUCGCGCCCGGCGCCACCGACGACCCUUUCUACGGCCACAUGGGCCUGACCUGGACCACCCUGUCCACGGACGGCGUCAACAACCGUGCCAACUUCGAGUCGGGCGCCUCAGCCCUGGUGCACGAGACCAUGCACCACCUGGGCAUGGCGCACACCUUUGCCGACGGCGAGUGCGUUGACGACGAUGCCUCGACCGGUGUCACUGACACGCCCGAGAGCAGCGGCCCUGUGUGGAGCCAGCCGUGGGCCCAGAAGGCCUACAUCGGCUGCAUGAACGCCUGGAACAAGGUGCUGACAUCCAACUGGGACACCGCCAACCGCCAGGCCUCCCUGCGCGUGGGCAUUCCCACCACCGACGUGAACCCCGCAUUCGACUCGUGCCCAAGCGGCAGUGGCUCUGAUGAGACCGCCAACUAUAUCACCUACACCUACGACAUCUGCCUGCUGGCCAUGGGCCACCUGACCUCGGGCCAGAUCACUGCGAUGCACCAGAUCACCGCCGACAACAACCCCACGCUGUACGCCUGGGGCCAGUACUACGCUCAGAACCCGCCCGCCGGCUACACGCCACCGGUCGCCGCCACGCCCUCGCCCUCCCCCAAGCCCUCGCCGUCCCCAUCCCCCAAGCCAAGCCCGAGCCCCAGCCCGAGCCCCAGCCCCAGCCCUUCUCCCAGCCCAACCACCAGCAAUACCGGCUGCCAGUCCAGCACCAACAAGGGCUGCAAGUGCGUGAACAGCUGGAGCUACCAAAACAACCAGUACAGCGACUGCGUAACCGUGCCGGGCGAGGAGGACAAGGGCAACUGGUGCCAGGUCGACCGCAGCAACGGCGACUGCGCCAACGCCCGCAACGGCUGGUGGGACUACUGCACGCCCAGCUGCGGCACGAACCCCGCCCCGUCUCCUUCUCCCUCGCCGUCGCCCAAGCCCAGCCCCUCGCCCACCAACAGUGGCGGCACCCCCAACUGCGGCGCCGGCGCCACCACCAAGCAGGGCCUCACCUGCACCAUGGCCAACUGGAAGCUGAAGGACUCGACCACCGUCUACCAGGGCUGUGCCAACCCCAACAACGACCCCAAGGGCUCCUGGUGCGUCCUGGCCAAGGGCCAGUCCACCGCUGCUGGUUCGGCCUGGGACUACUGCCCCGACGCCUGCAACACUGCCGCCCCGCCCGCCGACACUGCCAGCUACCCCAAGGCAUACAACUGCAAGAACGGGUUCACGGGCCUGCCCGGCACCUCGUGCACGUGCUCUAACAGCUACGCCAUCAGCUUCCAGGGCUACGGCACCAAGUACACCGGCCAGUCCGGCUGCACCGAGUUUGAGGAGACGGGCUCCGGCAUGUGCGUCACCACCUGCACCAAGAACGCCGACAAGUCAUUCAACAACAAGCCCUACACGUGUGCUUGCAAGUAAACGACGGUACCUAAUUAGGCCGGGCCGGGCUCGUGCACGCCGUUAUGCUCACAACGGGUGCUUGCCUUCCGCACAAGGCAUAGUUGGUACUGGGUGGCCUGAAAGGGAUCUCUUGCACCUUGACCGCGGAGGGAGUGCAGGCCGCAGUGGCGCAUGGAGAGGUAGCGGCCUUGCCCACAUCUCCUGCCGCCACCGCAGACCAGCAGUCGUGCGCGGGCUGGGCCAGUAGUUGGUAGUACUUGAAGUAUGGAGGGCUUGAACACAUUACUUGGCGUAUUUGGGCUGUUUGGAGCCGUGCUCCCAAUCGGCGGCUUGAAUGAAGGCUUACGUAGCGCGUGGUGCCGCGGGUUUCUGGCGACUGUGUUGUAGUUUGCGACCGAAGGGUGAUGGGACCCAGAGAAUUAAGAACGACAACCACCGUCACCACGUUGCAGCAGUUGACUGCUCCCAUAAGCGCCAUAAGCGCUGGAGCUUAGUAAACUGUGUUGGGGUUGGCAGGAUAGCGUUCGCAUGAUGGAUUGGUGUCCCCAAUCUGCAGGCGUGGGGGCAGUUGUGGCGUGUGGCAGUGGUGCGCAUAGAGAAGUUGUUGGGCGUGCAGUGUUUGUGUUUGCUUGGUGUUGCGUAUCUAGUAUUGCGUGUUGCGACUUCCUGCGACUAUAUCCAGCUCCAGCUUUCCCAUCUUGUCAUCUAAACACGCUUAGGAGCGGCCUUGCCGGGGGUAGCUUUUUGUGCAAGGGCUUUGCGCACGAAAAUGAUUUGUACUCUUGAUUGCUCGAGGUCGCGGGCUUCAUGCUAUUGACCGCUGGCGGCUGUGUGUGUACCGCACCUGGCAAAGUGUGUGCGUUGCAUUCCUUCAUUCAUCCCCUAGCAACACGCGUAAUCGAAGAGCGGCAUGGCUUAUCUGCACACACCAUGCGGUGAGCAUAAAAGUAAGGCUGCUAGUUGGGGCUCACUCAUAGCAGUGGAAGAGGCGCAUUCAGGUGCGCGGGAUGAGGCGCUGGUUGAUGAGUACACUGCACUUGUUGCGGUUCGCAAACUGGCACGCCCAAUUGUAAUGGUACUCUUCCACGAAUAGCUGCGUUACGGGUGUUACAUGUCCGCGGCCUUGGGGUAUAACCGUGGGCCUGAGGCCUUUCCCCCCUCGUCGCACGGAGCGGUCGAGCGGCCACCAUCCAGCGACGGGACCGCCUUUGACCUGUGCGCUUGUGACGACUUGAAGUCGUUUAAGGGGUUGUAUGGGGCCCAUCGGCCGCCGUAGGCCGUAGCGGCCUCCCCCUGUCGACGGACUUAUGAUCUGGAGCCGGACGGCAUGUCAAAAUUGUCAACUGGGGUUGCCUCCGCCUCCAGCAGUAGCAGCGUGCAAGUGCGUCAGCGCGUGGCACGGGGGGCAGGCAAGGCCAUGUGUAAGAGGGCGCGGCGCCACCCGAGAACUUGAGACUUGAGACCUGCUGGUGUCUGAUUUGCUGUUUUUGCUGGCGAGCCCCGGGGGGGUAGCGUUUCGGGG